CGAUCCUCCGCUGCUAGAGGAUUGUUGACAUUUUUUUCUGCGGCUAGCCGUCCGAUUUUUUCUCUCCAACACACUUUGACCCAGCAGGUAUCAGCCAGGGCUCCCUUCACCAUCUCCAGCUGGUCCAAAAUGCUAAUGCUCGUCUCAUUACUGGGACAAAAAGGAUGUUAGGAUGGAGUGUGGCCCAGUUCUGCCGGACAGCGUGGUGUUGGAGAUCUUCUUUCGUCUGCCCCAUGAUGCCGUGCUGAGAGCUGGUCUGACCUGCCGGCAGUGGCUGGCUGUCUCAAGAGAUGAGUUCCUGUGGAGGGAGCUGUUCUACAGCUACUACCGCAUCCCCCGCGCCGUACCCCGACACCCAGCGGCUGUGUCGUGGUACAGGGAGUUCAAGCGGCUAUUCGACUGUAUCCCGUGUGUGGAGGUUCAGACACUGAGAGAACACAAUGACCAAGUCCUCCACCUGGCUUUCUCUCACAGGGGUCACCGGUUCUCCUCCUGCUCAAAAGACUGCACUGUUAAGCUAUGGGAUACGGAGCGGCCAGACGGUAAUAUCUCGCUGGUGCACAGUUCCAGUAUGCGACAGUUCAACUGGGGCUACACCCAGUUCUCCCAGUUCAACGCUGACGACAGUCUGCUGCUUGUGUCUGGUGUCUACCUGGGCCCACACCACUCCUCGUCUGGGGAAAUCGCUGUCAUCAGUCUGGAAAAUUACACACUGUUGUCGCGGGUGAGGAACAAGCCGUACGACGUGUUUGGCUGCUGGCUGAAUGAGACCCACCUGAUCUCUGGGAACCUGCACUGGAUAGGCAACAUGACGUCUUGCUCUGUUCUCUGGCUCAAUAAAGCCUUCCAGGAUAUUGAAUCAGAGAACGUCAACGUGGUCAAGCGCCUUUUCAAGAUCCAGAACAUCAACGCCAGCACCAUCCGCACAGUGAUGGUUGCCCACUGCCGGCGUCACGACAACCCCGACUUGCUGCUAGACUACGAGGCUCAGUCUCAGGCUCGAAGGCAGAAAGGGCAGCAGCAGCAGCACCAGCCCCUCCUCUUUGACCUAGGAACCUCCGGCAGUGAAGAAGAAGACGAGGCGGAGGAGGGUGAUGAGUGCCAGAGAGAAGCAAGGUCUCACGGCCUCCCCAACGCCCGCCUUUCCCAGCCCACCUUCUCCGGCCUGGAGCAUGUUAUACAGAGUCGUAAAAACGUAGGGCGCAGGGAGUUGGCGCUUGAGACCCAGGUGGCCCAGAUGAUGGGCAGAGCCCACACGAAGGCCCCAGACACUAGCCUCAUCGAGCCCUCUGAGCCCGGAGACGGAGAGGACAAGACUUACUUACUCUUUACCACCGGCAGCCUUACAUACUCUCCUCACCAGAUAGGUAUUAAACGCAUUAAGCCCGACCAGAUGACCACUUGUGGUCCUGUCCUCGGGGAGGAGCGGAGUUCAGAGGAGUUUUUUGACUCCCUUGACCAUGUCAUUGAUAUCCACGGCCACAUCAUCGGUAUGGGCCUUUCUCCAGACCAUAGGUACCUGUACGUGAAUAGCCGAGCUUGGCCUGCCGGAUGCGUGAUCUCCGACCCCAUGUGUCCGCCUCCCAUCGCCGAGGAGAUCGACCUUCACGUGAUCGACCUCAAGAGUCUGAGGGAAGAGAGAAGGAGCCUGCGCGCUCACCGAGCCUUCACGCCUAACGACGAAUGCUUCUUUAUCUUCCUGGACGUCAGCAGAGACUUUGUUGCCAGUGGAGCAGAGGACAAGCACGGCUACAUCUGGGACCGUCACUACAACAUCUGUCUGGCGCGGCUGGCACACGACGACGUGGUGAACUCGGUGGCCUUCAGUCCCGCCGACCAGGAGCUGCUGCUGUCUGCCAGCGAUGACUCUACCAUUAAGGUUUGGCGUUCACCGCGCAUGGUCCGCUUAGCGCAGACCGCCACGCGGCCGCCGAGGCCCCGAAGCCUCCUGUCGUCCUGGCUGAGCCGCAACAAGAACUCCACGUCUGCCGGCAGUGUCAACGGAAAACCAUGAGUCAGGUUUGGAAAACACUUUAAAGAGGGAGGGAGCGGGAAGAGGAAAGUGUGAUCUUUUUUUUCCUCUGCGGUGUGAAAAUAUAUAUACACACUCCAUGUAUAUGUACAGUAUGGUUACAGUAAGUGGUUUUGCUUGAGCUCACGUUGUGACGCGCAGCAGGGCUCAGUGUGUCUUCAGCUAACAGGAGAUGGAGCGAGAGGUGACUCAGGGUUAGACACAAGGGAGCGCCGUUUCACAAGCAAAGGACAGACAUCAUCACAGACUGUGUUUUGCCGCUGGAGUGAUAUGAAAUGUUACCACAGAUUAGAGUAGAGCUGACACCUAAAUGCACAAGAAAGACGUCCAAACAAACUUGUCCCUGCAAGAUGGUUUUUGUCAGUUUUUUUUUUUUUUUAUCUGUAACGUUGUGUGUGUGUGUGAACAGGUCCCCCAGACUUCUGGAUCUGAGCUGUAAAUGUAUGUAAAUGUACUGCAGAGAUGGGACCUUUAUGAUCGUGGUUGUCAUGUCCUGCUCAUCAGAGGCAAAGUGCUGUAACUGAUGAUUAUUUCAUUUUCUUAUUAAUGGAUAAAAUCCAAAUUGAUGUUUUGAGUAUAAACACCUUAUAAACCCCUUUUUCCCCCCAGAGAACAUGAAUUAUAAAACCAAAAGGGAAGGAGAUUUUUUUGUUUUUUUGGCUGCAUUUACUGCUGUCUGCCUUGGUUUUUAAUGACAUCCAAUCCCAUUUUUUUUGUGUGUUUUUGUGCCCCAGAAAUGAUAGAUCACUAUUCUAUUAAAAGUAGAAUUAUUGAGUAAUUUAAUCUAGCAGAGUUAUUGAGGAACAGUCGGUGUGAUGAAGCAUGAAUGAAAGAAAAGCUGUUGUUUGUGUAGCUAAUUGUUAUUGGGCCUAUAUUAUAUAGAAAUGUUUUUAAAAACACCUUUAACACCCUUUAAUUUUGACAAAAAAAGACUCUGCAGACGUAUCAGGAUGAAUCUCCUGGACAUUUCUUUUAAAAUAAAAAAAAAAAGUGUUUUCUUUCCUCACCACAUAUGUAAUAGAUGAUUUGUUUAGCCCAAGAAGAACUUUUCCCGCUUGUAGUCUAAGAUCCCAGUAUUGAGUGUAGGAUGUCUGCAUGUGUUGACCCUCAUGUUGGACCACAUAGAGCCCUUCUGAAUACAACUAUUUACAGGUCUAUUAAAUAUUCUUAGUUCACUGCUAUCAAAACAGAGGUAGUUUACUACCUCACCAAACCCACCAUCCUCCAAAAUUUGUCCAAAGAAUUAUUGUUUUCUAUUAAAUAGUGAGCACAUUGGACACACUGUUGAACAAGAAAUGUUAAAUUACAUAUUUACAUACUUUAUAUCCCCUUCAAGAUGCAUCCUGCAUGUAUUGGACAGUGUGAUGACAUUAACACAAACAUAAUUGUGAACUUCACUUACAACUUUAAGAAAAUAUUGAUAAAUAUAUUUAGUAAAUUGACAUUUUUAUCGAAGAUGACUUCAUGGAAACAUUUUGAAUCAAAAAAAGCAUAUGAUGUAUUGCUUAAAAUGUGUUGAAAUGUAAUUAAUUUAAAACAAAAUACCAACAAACCAGUUGUUUAAAACGCUGAUACAGACUAAUAUCGUCAAGUCAUGCUGAGGUACAAAAGACAAUGAGCUUAAUAAUCAUCCUGAAAGUAUUGAUCAACAUGUCUGUAUCUUUGUCUCUGGGCCACAAAAGUCUUUAAAAAUUUUAGAGUUACCCUUUUACUUUCCAUCUAUGCUCUUAAACAUCCUUCACUUUCGUCAGUCAAGCACCGGUCUCAAAAAAACAAACAAAAACAAAACAAAAAGUAGACGUCAAUCCGUAGACUUUCAGAUUAAGCAGUCAUAGGUUCAGGUACUUUACCUGAUCAAUAUUUAUGUUUUAGGGAGAUUCCCAGCUGAAGGAUGCUAAUUAACAAUAUUUUAAUCAUAGUUUUGGGUUGUCUCAUCACUCGGCCUGGUUGUAUUUGCAUGAGAGGUUAUCAGAGACACCUGUGUCGACACUUUCCACGUAUUUAACAAUAUCUUCCAUGUUUUGAAGAGUGUGUGUGUGUGGGUCAUGAACUUUCGCCUUGGUUUCCUUCUGACAACUUUAACUGUCUUUUUGUUUUUUUUACUGUUGCUCCAUCUUUUCCAUCAUGUCUCCUGUUCUCCACUGUUAUUUUCAUACUCCCCUUUAAAUAAAAUCAUGCCCUGAAAGGUCAGAAGUCUGAAUAAGUUCCACCCUUCGUCACUUUAUUUACAAAAAUAAAAGCAAGAGAAAGCACAUUUGAGUCCAGACAUGCACCCAAAAAAGCCACUAAAAACAGGGUCAACACAGAUUACCAUGGAAACCACUGGGGUAUUAUAAGCUUUCUACAAUAAACAGAGUUAAGCUAGUAAAGCUGUUGUAGAUGUUGGAGGAUUUUAAAAGACAUUUCAGCCUUAAAUUCUUCUUCACUCUAAUUGUAAUGAAGCUUAAAUUUGAUCACAUAGGACAAGUUUUUGCAAUCAAGACAACUGAUGAUCACCAGUUGUUAGGAUUUAUUGCGUGAAGAACAUGAUUGUCUGUAAAAAAAAAAAAAAAAAAAAUUCAUGACAAUCCAUCAAAUAGUUGUUUGAUGGAUUGCUGGGAGCUUUCAUUUGCAUCUCAUGGUCUUCCUCAGCCAAAGACCAUCCUUGAAGAGAGAGAGAGGUUAUAGAUUCCUCCCUAUAUACAUGCAUUACCUGUUAUCACGUGACUGAGCUUCCAAAGAGGUCCUAUAAAAAAUGAGGAAACUCCAUCUGUUGAGGAGGACCAUGAGAUGUGGUUGAAAGCUCUGGAAAAAUCUAGUAAAUGGACCUUAAAUUAAGAUUUUUUUUUUUUUUAAUCAAAAUCCUGUGUUUUGUUAUUUGGGUUUUUUAAGAUUUUCAUCAGAUCUCAUCAUUUUCAUCAGACAUGCAAAAUGACCACGAGUCAGUUGACAGAAGACCGCUUUUGUAAUACGAGAAGUUCAACUGCUAAAAAAAAAAAUGACGCUUGACAAGAACUGUGACCGCUUCCUCUAGUCAGGGGUUUUCCUUCCUUCCUCUUUCCUGUGCUGUGAAGUGUUUCCUCCUCUGCUUCACAUGAGGUGAUAGAUACAAAGAGAAGCUGUGGUGAACACUUGCAAUAAAGUGCACCAGUUAGUUCCAUUUUGAGUCAUUAUUUCCUUGUUCUUUGUCAGAAAGGUGUUUCACUUUCUUGAAAUAUGUGGUGAUAUGAUCCAAAAAAAGGAGUUGAAACUGUUAAAAUGGCGCCCAUAUUAGAUACUGUGGGUGUGUGUUUGAAUUGAUGCAGAUCCAGCUGAUAAUUUGUACAUUAUGUAUAGAUUUGUGCAUUUUUGCAUUUAAGAUUUGUCUUCAUUCAGUACAGUUUUAGACUUGCAUGCAUUCUAAUCCCAAAUACCUCUGACCAUGAAAUGUGGGAUUAUGCUCCUUCUCUUAGUUAAGGGUAAUGCAAGGGUUAAAGUCAACAGUGGCCACUUUUAAAAAGGUUAGUUCACCCAAAAUCAAUUAAAAAAACAAACAAUUUUUCACUCUUAAUGCAGUUAGUUUUAUUUGCUGAGGUUUUGAGAUUAUUCCUGUAUAACAAGACUAAGAGUCGACAGAGGGAUCUGUGAGGUUGAAGUACAUGUGAGGAUUCAUCCUCUGGGCAUCACAAAUGUCUGUACAAAAUUGCAUGGCACUCAAAAUAAUUGCUGAGAUAAUUUACUAAAAGCUAUUUAGUGAGCUUACUAGAGGAAAACUCACUAAAAUUCAGAAAAUCAGGAUUCAUCCUCUGGGGAACAUGAAGGUCAGUACGUCUCUCACGUAGCUAAAAACUCAACAGUGUUUUUUCAAUAAAUGAUGAUCCAAUUA